AUGGAAAAUGGCAAUGAUAUUGAACUUGAGUCCGAGUGUAAAACUGUCCUGAAUGCGGAUGACUGGUCAACUGAUAAGAGAUGCGCUUGUAUUUCCUGGAAUAAAUGGAGCAACCUCACCGUGAAUCCUCAGCUUGUGGUGGAUGAUAUGCAGACUUUUCCAUUUUGCCGUGUACUUCCUGCUGACGGAGACUUGCUCAGCUUCACUGUCAUUGCUGAUGUCUCUUCAGAGGACCUGAGAAAGGAGCUUUCAUGUCUGAAAAAGAUUCUGAAGAAGAUCACUCAGUGGGAUAUCAUGACCUUGACAUCAGGUCAUGAAGCUCCAGUUCUCACCCUACAGCCUCCUCAGCCUCGGCGCAGAGAUGAGUUUUUACAAUACUUCUGUCCACUCACACUGGACAUCAAUACGGCACACAGAGACCUCCAUCUGUCUGAAGGGAACCAGAAGGUGACAUGUGAGAUGACAAAGCCUGAAUAUCCUGAUCAUCCUGACAGAUUUGACUACUGGGAACAAGUUCUGUGCAGAGAGGCUCUGACUGGGACUCGCUUUUACUGGGAGGUGGAGUGCACUGGAGACUUCAUGAGGAUUGGAGUCGCAUAUAAAGGACUGAGCAGGAAAGGAGAGGGCUGGGAGUGCAGCUUUGGAAAUAACAGCAAGUCCUGGAGUUUACUGUGUUCUGAUUCCCAGUACACUGUGCGUCACAAUGAUGAGGAAACUGAAAUCAGCACCCCAUACUGCCCCAGAAUAGGUGUGUAUCUGGACUGGCCUGCUGGCUUGCUGUCAUUUUAUAGCGUCUCAUACACAAUGACCCUCCUGCAUAGGUUCAACACCUCCUUCACUGAGCCCCUCUAUCCAGGGUUUGGAUUUUGGCUUGAUUGUAAGUCCAGCGUAAAAAUCUGUCGUCUGACACCAUGUGGCCACUGA